UAGAUCUUUUUCAGAGCGUAUUUGGUUUCCAGUCCCAUAAGUUUUUUACAGUAAAAACAUGGACAAUAGAAACACCGGAGAAUUCGCCGGCGAUCACCCUGACUUUCACCGCAACUCCUACUGCGCGGCGCCGUCGUGGCCUCCCGACGAGUCCAUCACCCAAAAUACCGAAAAUCACCGAAGAAAUUUUUCCGGCGACGCCCACCACUAUCAGCGGCGGCAGCAGCAGCAGAAUGAUCACCAUUACAGUCACUCUGACCACCGUCACCACCAAAAUUCCAACCUCGAGCCAAAUGGUUCCGUUGAUGGCGCCGCCACCGGCAAUUUCGGCAAUUCUCCGCCUCUUUCGGGGCGUAAAAGGCCUUUUUCCCACUCACAACCAGCGCCUUUUUCUGAUGGAUUGGAAGGUGGGGGUUUCGUUAAACUAUAUGCUGCAGGUGUUCCAAGAACAACUACAGAAGAAGAUGUUCGUCGUGCUUUUGGUGAAUAUGGACAUAUUAUUGAGGUUGUUCUCCUCAGAGAAAAAAAGACUGGUCAAAAACAAGAGAGUUGUUUUGUGAAGUAUAGAACACUGGAAGAUGCUGAUCGAGCGAUUGUAGCAUUACAUGAUCGGUUCACUUUCCCCGGGGCUGAGUGUCCAUUAAAAGUUAGGUAUGCUGAGGGGGAACGAGAACGUCUUGGCAGUUUUGGCGAACAUAUACACAAACUAUAUGUUGGUGGCAUGAGUAGACAAACUUCUAAAAGGGAAAUUGAUGAAGUAUUUUCUCGAUAUGGGAUUGUUGAAUCAAUUUACCUUGUGCGUGACCGUGAUGAACAAAAGCAAAGCCGGGGAUGUGCUUUUGUUCAGUUCUCUCGUAGAGACAUGGCAGUUUCUGCCAUCAAUGCACUACAUGGAACCUACAUAAUGAGGGGUUGUGAUCACCCUUUGAUUGUUCGCUUUGCCGACCCCAAGAAGCCUAGAUUGGGAGAUUCUAGAGCAGCAGCAUCUAUGGGUGAACCUUUUGGCGGACAUAUGCUACCAAAUCCAGCAAGUCCAAAGCAGUCUCCUGGAGGUGGAAGCAAGCCGCAAACAGUUUCAAACACUUGUGCUGUAUUGGAGCAAGUUUUGCCUUCAACUACAUCAUCUGCUAACAAGUCAGCUUUAGAUACUGAGAUGAUUGAAUUUAUAGAUUGUGAAUGGAGUGAACAUGUCUGUCCUGACGGGUAUUUAUACUAUUACAACUGUGAGACCUGUGAGAGCAGGUGGGAGAAACCUGAGGAGUAUGCGCUUUAUGAACAAGAAAUUGAAAAGUUUGAGGAGCAACAAAAUGCACAACCCUCUGUCACCACCACUCCAGAUUUUUCACAAGCCCUGAAAAUGGAUGUUGAGACCCCGCUAUCUACUGAAGAAUCCCAGAAAAUUUCCUCUACUGAGUUUCAGGAACUCAAUUAUGAGCACACACAGAUGACGGCCAGCCCAACAGUUCCUCCAGCUUGUGUAUGAAUGGCGUAUUGAUUAAGUUACUGAAGAUGAUGGGAACCAAGUUUACCAGUAUUGGUAUUCGCUUGAGCUUUCUUCUGUAUCCUUGUGUACAAGGAGAAUCGAUACUAUUGGGGGAGCUUUAAGCCAUGUUAUAUUAUAUUUAGAAUGUGAAUUAAUAGAUUAUAGUCUGGGUAAUUUAAUUGCUGUCAGAAUAUUUGUGGCAUUUAUUCAUAACUCUUGUUUGUAGACAAAAAAUAUGUGAUUUGUUGGGUUUGGUGGAUUAUUUUGUUUCUCAUUGCUUUUGUAAAUUGUAAUGAGAAGCAUGUGGAGGAUCAACACCUGACGUUUGGGUAAAUGCCAAUAUGCAAUCUUUAAUCACAA